AACCUAAACCAUUCCUCUAUUUCUCUCUUUUUAGGGUUUCAUUGAUUGAAUUCAGAUAGACGAUGGAGGGAUCAAAUUCUUUGGACGAUUCUCCAUCGAGGCAAGCCCAAGCCCAAACCCGAAAUCAUAGCGGAGGAGAUGCUCCUUCUAACCCGUCGCAACCGCAACCACAACCACAAUCACAAUCGCAGAGAGAAGGAGAGGAAGUAGAUGAAACGAAGAAGGAAGAAGAGGAAUUAAUCGAGAAAGCGCAGAAACGGAUUGAUAAAAUCACUUCUUCUCCUGAUAAUGCUAACCCUAAUCAUCUCCACGCUUUUUCCUCUCUUCUCGAAACUCAAGAGUCACUGAUGCGGCAGCUUCCAGAGGCAACCCUUGAAAAUAAUAUCAGGGCUGCAGAUGAGAGAUCUUUAGCUGAUUUAGAUGAAAGAUCUUUAGAAUCUGUUGGAGAAGAUAAUGAUGACAUAGAUAUUGAUGGUGGGGAGAGACAGCAUGGUCGAGACCUUUGUGAUGUAAAAACAAAGUUUGCGGAACUUGAUGAAAGUGGAAGAGAUGACUUGUUGAGUCGCAGGCCUUCAUGUGGGUGGACAAGACACAGAGGGAGGGGGAGGGUUAAUGAAACAGCACUCGAGAAUGAACAGGUUUCGACAUCUCCAGAUUCUGGUAGUCGAUCAGGAUCAGGACUAGGACGGAGUGCCAGAGAUAGGAAUUCAAAGAAUAUUUUAGAUGUGAAGAAAGGACCAGAUACAAGAAAGUUCCAGGGAAAUAUUCUUUCUGAUGGUUUGGCUGUGGAAAGAGAUGAUAAUGAUGAUUGCUUUCAGGGUUGCAGGAUCGGAACCGAAGACAUUUCUGAUCUGGUGAAGAAAGCAGUUCAAGCUGCUGAAGCGGAAGCUAGGGGAGCAAAUGCACCUGCAGGAGCCAUCAAAGCUGCUGGUGAUGCUGCUGCUGAAGAUGGGUCUCGUCUUCUGAUCGCACCUGCGCCUUCACCCACUGCAGGAGGUGCUGCUGCUGGAAUUAAUGGAUGCUUGUUAUCGCUUCGACAUCCAAAAUCGGGGAAUGCAACAAACUAUCUCCUUAGUCAUGAUAAUGAGGGAGCAGUGCUUCAAGAACUUCACUGGUUCAAGCAAUCAUAUACGUCUUGGUUUCUUGGCGAUUAUGUUUCUCAAGAUGGCAGCCUUUACACUGCCACUCCUGUUGAUCCUGUUUUCAUUUUGUUGCCCAUUUUUGAGGAAGCUAGAAUGAAGAAGAGGGAUGAUCUAGGGAAGUUCAGGCAAUUAGAUGAGAUAAUAUUCAUCAAUGACUAUCCUGGGUAUCAGCAUCUAAUGUCCAUUGCAGAGAACUGUAUGGGAGUAGUUUGUGAAAUCAAAGAAAUUGGAUCUUCCAAGUUUUUUCGGCUGGAUGAUUCAAAGGUUUUAGCUUGGCUGUACUGCAAGGUGCUCCAAUUAAAAAAGGCUCUAUGCUCAUUGGACAAGAACUAUGCUGCUCAAGAUGAGAAAUAUACAUUAGCUGGAGCAGUUUCAAUAUUAGGGGAGUACGUGAAGGAUGAGCCGUGGUUGAUGCUUCUGUUAGAUCAUUUGAAAUUAAAUUUACUCGAGGUAACUAGUAAAGUACCGGAAGCUGAAAAUUUUCUGACCAAUGCUGAACAUAAUCCAGUUUCUUCCAGUUUGUUACAGGAAAAAGGUAGGAGUGGAGAUAAAACAAAGAGAAGUGGAAAGCAAGCUAAAAAGGCUAAGGUGGAGUCAGAAUCAAGGAAUAUAAGAGAAAUGUUUCGCAGAGCUUGCAGGAAAAGCUAAGCAGUAGUCUCUUAUUAAAAGAUUGAAACGAGAUAAGAUAGUGGAUUCUGGUUUAUUUAGUUUUUGGCUGUGACAAACCUCACCCAUAGCGUGUGAGUGCAUCGUCCCUGCGUCUCUUACUUCCAAUGGUACUUCAACCUGUUGGCUCAGCUUUGCUUAGUUUGAAACCAGUCUGAAUCUGGAAUCUAUUCUUUUUAUAUGUUAUCAUGCAACCUAACCGCCUGCACCAAAGCCCAUUAUGAGAAGCCAGUCUAAUUAUGUU